AUGCUCCAAAAAAAUGAGAAAUUGACGUCUCCAAAGAUUCAAAAAGCGAUUGUUCAAUGCUUUUCAAAAGAGAUAUUAAAGUCCAUUUGUGAAGAAAUUGGUAACGACUUGUUUGCUAUAUUAGUAGACGAGUCUAGUGACAUGUCCAAAAAAGAACAAAUGGCUAUGGUUUUGCGAUAUGUUAAUAGCCUUGGAAUAGUGAAGGAAAUAUUUGUUGGAAUUGUUCAUGUGAAGGACACGACUUCUUUAACUCUAAAAGAAGCCAUUGAUUCGGUAUUUACCAACAAUAACUUGAGUAUAUCUCAGGAAAUUUUUGGUCAAGAAAUUUUGGGAUGUUACAUAGUGGUGGUGGCUGUAGCCCACAACCAUGAUGUUGCUGAUGAUUUCUUUGAGCAAUUAGCUUUGGUGGUUAAUGUGGUGUGCACUUCGUGUAAAAGAAAAUAUAUCAUACGGGAUAGUUACAAGAAAAGGGUUCAAAAAGAAAUUGGUAAUGGUGAAAUUGAGAUCACGAGAGGAUUAAAUCGAGAGACUUCUGUUGUUCGAGCCAGAGAUACAAGAUGGGGCUCACAUUAUAAAACAAUAAUAAGUUUGAAGAAUUUGUUUCCGGAGGUUGUCAAGGUUCUUAAAUAUGUUGAAGAGGAGGGAUCUAGUUUAAAUAACCGAAAUCAAGCGUACGGUAUCUUGUCGUAUUUUAAGACGCUUGAUUUUGUGUUUUAUUUACACUUGAUGUUGGACAUUUUUGGUUUCACGAAUACUCUAUCAAAACAUCUUCAAAGAAAGGAUCAAAAUAUUUUGGAAGCGGCUUCUUUGGUGAAAGUAACGAUGAAAACUUUGAAAGCUUUAAGAAAUAAUGGGUUUCCUUCAAUGCUGGAGAAGGUAUUUUCUUUUUCUCGUAAACAUGAAAUUGAAAUUGUGGAAAUGUCCGGAUUUUAUGUUACCCCAAGAAACCGUAGAACCAAGGUUACUAAUCAACAUCACUUUGAAGUUGAUAUUUUCAACACGGUUUUGGAUAUGCAAAUUCAAGAAUUUGGUGAUUGUUUUAGUGAAGUGAGCACUGAUUUACUAGAAUACAUGGCGGCUUUGAGUCCUUGUAAUACAUUUUCUAUGUUCGACAAAUCAAAGUUGGUGAAGCUAAGUGAAUUAUACAAAAUUGAUUUUAAUGAUUUGGAAAGAGUGUAUCUUGAUGGUCAACUUGAAACAUAUUAUCACUCUUUGAUUGAUGAUGAUAGAUUUGCUAAUUUGAAGGGCAUUGCAGACCUUUCUCGUUUGAUGAUGGAAAUAGGGAAACAUCGUUCUUUUCCUUUGGUUUAUAGGUUAUUAAAGUUGACUUUGGUUUUGCCCGUAGCAACCGCAACCGUUGAAAGAUGUUUUUCCGCAAUGAAGCUCUUGAAGACCGACUUACAAAAAGAAGUACUUAUGGAUGUUAAGAUUGAACGAGUGAUAGAACGCUUUCGGAAAAUGGGCAAUCAUAGAUGCGAAUGCAAAGCAUUUGUUUUCAAUUUGAUGAGAAUGAUGAUGCUUCUUUUCUCUCUAUCUGUUUUCACCACCCCUCUUUCAUUAUCAUCUGAUACUGAUAACACCAUCACCGAAUGUUUGCAAACACAAUCCCCAGAAGAUGCAGUCGUAGAUGCUCUCAGCUCUGCUAACUUCAAUGUUUAUGCACGAAAAGACAGUGCUCUUCAAGCAAGAAGGCAUACGGGGGUUUCUACUGAGAAAGAGUCACCUGUGAACUUUCUAACUGAUCCGUUGGAAGGAAGAUCGGCACUUAAACCGACUGAUGUUUUAGAUUUUGGAUGGGAUGGAGGGAAGAAUGCAUGUGUGCAUCUAACAGGGGAUCCCCUUUUGUGGGCUUAG